AUCUAUUAGCAACAGAAAGCAAAAAAAAAAAAAAGAUGGAAGUGAUCAACGUCGUGCUUCACAUGAAUGGAGGAUUAGGAGAUGCUAGUUAUGCAAACAACUCCCUUGUUCAAGAAAAAGUGUUAUCCAUGACAAGGCCAAUACUGGAAGAAGCUGUGAUUGAUCUUUACUGCAACUCCACCUUCCCUGAAAAGCUAUGCAUCGCAGACCUGGGCUGUUCAUCCGGACCAAACACACUACUAGCCAUUUCCGGGAUCAUGAAAACCGUGGACAAGAUCCACAAACAAGGCGGCUUUCAGUCACCAGAGUUUCAGGUCUACUUGAAUGAUCUUCCACGGAACGAUUUCAACUCCAUUUUCAGGGCCUUGCCAAAAUUCCAAGACAGAUUGAAGGAACAGAUGGGCUCUGCCUUUGGACCUUGUUUCUUCACUGGUGUCCCUGGCUCAUUUUAUGAGAGGCUGUUUCUCUCGAAAACUCUUCAUUUCGUCCAUUCUUCCUACAGUCUUCAAUGGCUUUCUCAGGUUCCUGAAUUGGAAGAGACUAACAAAGGGAAUAUCUACAUGGCGAGUACAAGCCCGCCAAGUGUGCUUAAGGCAUACCAUCAACAAUUUCAAACAGAUUUCACAGCAUUUCUCAAUUGUCGCUCUGAGGAACUCGUUACAGGAGGCUGCAUGGUUUUGACGUUUCUGGGGAGAAAGAGUGACGAUCCAUCAAGCAAAGAGUGUUGUUAUAUAUGGGAGCUUUUAUCCAUGGCUCUCAGGGACAUGGUUUCACAAGGACUGAUAGAAGAGAAGAAACUGGAUGAGUUUAACAUCCCUCAGUACACUCCAUCUCCUAGAGAAGUGAAAGAAUUGGUGGAAAACGAAGGGUCUUUCUCCAUUGAUCGCCUGGAGGUGACUCGAGUGAACUGGAAUGUUUAUGAGAAUGAUGGUGAUUACAAUAUGAUUGUGGAUUGAUGUUUCGAGUACAAGCUCAUAGAUGCACCUUACGGAAAAAUCGAAUUGCCU